CUGGAUUUGUGUACAGUGUGAGGGCAAGUGCUGCCUGGAAGGUUAAACCCAGGGCAAACAGAAAAUACACAAACUGGUCCACUGCCCUACAUUAACUCAACUGAUGCAAGGUAACGUUAGCGUUAACAUUUGUUUACCUGCUAACUGUAAGAAAAUAAAUUAGCACAUGAGUGACAGCAGCACACCCCAAAUGAACCAAACUACUCCAGAUGCAGUGGGUCUUGACCCUGCCUUGCUGAGAGACCAACUCUUCGAGCUAUGGAACCGGAAAGAUCUCCAGACGCUACAUUGGACAGCACUCCAGGGAUUUUCAAAGUUGUCUGAGCCUCUGGAGGCUUUACUAACAAUCCUGGAGGGCUGUCCAGGCAAACAGCGGGGUCGGAGCCACACCCUUGGCCAGCACAUCCUCAUGGAAUUCCAGUCAUGGAUGAAAGAAAGUCCUCAGGUGACCCUGAGUUCACUCUCCGAGCAACAAGUAAUGCCGCUUCAACAGCGGGCUCUGAGCUUACUAACGGAUACCCAGCCUAACUUUGUAGAAAGUCUCAUAAACAUCUACCAACUCAAUUCCCUGGAUCCAGCCUUACUCCGACUGCACAUUAUAAGAUUGCAGGCUCUUCACUGUUAUAAAGAGGCAGCAGUACUCGCCAUAAAGCUGAAGUUACAGAAAGAGCUCGAUAUGGAGGAGAUGUGUGUACCACUAAUCUUGCAAAAUAAGUUGCCAUUGGCAGAGUCCUUCGUCAUAGGCCACAAUCAUCUAGAACAGCAACUGGUCACACUGCUAGACUUGUGGUGCCACCCCAGCUUCAGUGUGGAAGAGAUAAGCAUGCGGUUCCCUCGCAUCUCUCUCACCAAACAGUGCAUGAGCCAGAUCCAGCCCAAAUUGCUCACCAAACAAGUCUUCCGACUCUUGGAGAAAUUCAACAUUGACCAAGGACGGUGUCCCAAUGCUCUGCACAAGAGGAGAUUGGACUCUUUACGUUUCCUCAUGUACAAGAGGUUUGUGGAUAAAAGCAUGACAGAGGAGAACUGGACUGACCAUGUACAGAACGUUGUCGCAGAUGACCUUGAGCUGCAGAUCCAUUUGGUGGAGAUGUUGGUGAGGUACUGUAGUCUUCAGAAAGCCGCUCAGUGGUCACUGAGGUACAACAUCCCCAGAAAUCGACUUCCCUUUGGGGUAUGGGAAAUGCAGCAGAGUCUACCGCCUGAUCUACAACAGAUAGGUGGGAGUGGUUCAACACAAACUGAGCAGUGGGUACCGUCUCGGUCUCAUUGUCAGAAGUUCUAUCAAGUGCCACUCACCAAAGACAAGGUUCAUCUUGUGGACUCGCCAGAAGCUCUUCAAAGAUGUCGAAACAUUGUGCUGAAGGAAUGUGAUAUAGUGGGCGUCGACAUGGAGUGGCAGCCCACGUUUGGCUGUAUCUCAACUCAGCAAGUUGCCCUUAUACAGAUUUCAGUUUUGGACCAGGUUUUCUUAUUAGACCUUUGUGCAAAUGGAUUCUGUCAACACCCUGAUACUAUUAGUUUCAUCAGGAGCUUGUUCUCCGAAAGAAACAUCCUUAAACUGGGUUAUGGUAUGUCAGGGGAUCUCAAGUGUCUCUUGGCCACCUGGCACCAGCUUUUAGAGGAGCCAUUGAGGAUGGAGGGGAUGCUUGAUCUUCUUAAUGUACACCAAAAGAUCCAGCGUCGAAAGGUCAACAGGACUCAAAAUGGACCUAAAGAGGUGCUGGUAGGAGAGGACUCUUCAGAGAAAGGCCUCAGUCUGCUGGUACAACAGAUCCUGGGAAGGCCCCUAGACAAGACAGAGCAGAUGUCCAACUGGGAGAAACGGCCACUGCGCGUCAGCCAAAUUAGAUAUGCAGUGGCAGAUGCCUACUGUUUGCUGGAUGUGUACUCUGUCCUCUCCAGAAACCCAGCUUACUUUGGGCUACCAGCUGACCUGCGCAGCCUCUCAUCAAGCCAAUCAGAGAAGAGUGCAGACAAUAAACAGAAGGAGAAACAUACCAAGCAGAUGAAACAGGCCCAUGGCAAAGAGGAAUGUCAGGGGGCUCAAAGGAUCAGUCCCCCUCGCUCUGACACAGAGAAAGGCCUCCUGUGUGGCGAGAAGCCCUCAGAAGACACCCCUGCUCUGCCCCCCCAGCAGUUGCGGGUGGUGUGUGACAACAUGCUGCAGGGACUCGGGAGGUACCUGCGCUGUUUAGGAGUCGAUGUGGUCAUGUUGGAGAAUACCGAUGAUCACAGAGUAGCGGCAAAGUUAGCACAAGCCGAAGGCCGUUUCAUACUCACGUGUGGACAACCGUUCCAAAGUUUGCGGUCCCAGGUGGGUGAGGGUCGCUGUCUCUCCCUAGACUGUUCAGAAAAGGCCAGAGACCAGGCUGUUCGAGUCCUCAAACACUUCAAUGUCCAGCUCACUCCCAGCGACAUAUUCAGCCGCUGCCAGGCGUGUAACAGUGAUCAGUAUGCGGCGGUGCCCAGAAAGGACAUGGUCAGGAUGCUUAAACAGAAAGGAUUUCUGCUGGACCAGGACAACACUAACUACACACGACAACAGGAAGAAGAGAAGCUUGGUGACAUUCUGACCCCCGGUGUGACCCCUGAAAUCCCCAGGUAUGUUCAGUGUCAAUGGGCCCCCCUUUCAGGGCUGGACCCCGACACCCUGACCUUUCCUGGGGGGGCACCCAUACAGCUCCACACUGUGCCCCCUGCCCUCCUGCAGAGGAUACCGCUCUUCUAUGUCUGCACCAGAUGUGGCAAGGUGUUCUGGGAAGGCUCUCACUUUGGCCGCGUCCUCUCCAUGUUUCAGGACGUCUUACACAUAACAGACGAGGACACUGAAUUUGCUACAGCGGCACAGCAGAACUGACUGCACUUUACCGGACCCUAAAAAAGAAAAAAGAAAAAAUAUUUUACACGUUUUGAAACUAGCUGUCAUUAAAUCCAAUUAAUUGUACCAUAUAUAUAUAUAUUGAUACAAAUAAUAACUUCAAACAAACAUCACAUCCCUUAAAAUGACGAAUAAUUUUGAUAAAAGUAAAUAGUGAGCCACUCAUCCCAUAAGAAGUGAGAUCUUUUCUUUUUUUUUACACCUGAAUCAACAUAGGUCGGAUCUCCUGUUAACCGUCUGGUAUUGAAAUAUGACAGUUCCACCAAAAACAGACAAAGAUCAUUUUAAGUUGUAUUUGCAUUAAGGCUUUAAGUUCUUUUUAGAUGUAUAUAGUUUUAAACGUUUAAAACCUAUUGCGUUUAUAAGAGUUUUAAACUCUGAAACAAAGACGGGUAACGCUGUGAUCUUGCUUUGACUUGGUCAUUUUUGUUGAUUUUUUUCACUGUUGGCACAUUUAUGGUGAUUUAUAGUUUGGAUAGCCUACUGUAAUGACAUAAUUAUCUGGUAUUGUAAUCAGAUAAUAAAAAAUGUCCCUUAAGAA